AUGGCCGUCGCCCUUGAGAGCCUCUUUGUGGCUCCUGAGCGGACCGCGGUCGGUGCUCCAACCCUCACGGCCACGCAAACAGAGCAUCUGGCCGCGCUCCAGGCGCACUUUGGCAAGGAUGGGUUCGACCUUGCCAUCUCCGAGGACAUUGACGAGACGAAGCGCGCACGGCUGUCUGAACGCGAGAUGAUGUUCCUUGAAUGUUUCCUUCGCUUUCUUUCUGCAACCAAGGGCAAUCUCGAAGCAGCGACCCAACGUCUCGAAAAGGCUAUUAUCUGGCGGCGUACCUCGCGCAUGGAGGAGGUUGAUGCGCUCGACAAGGAGAACAUCGCUGAGAACUUUGUGCUCGGCUUCUCCCCCACAGGCCUGCCCGUGAUAUACUUCUUCCCCAACCGCAAUACCUUGGCUCUCGAGGACCGCAGCAUCUUCCACACAAUGUUCAUCCUAGAACGCGCCAUCGACCUUAUGACCAACGGUGUGACCAACGUCCUGCUCAUAUUCAACUUCCAGGGCAAGCGUAAAGGACCGCCGACGUCGCCGUCUGCGGCGCGCGACACGAUCCACAUUUUGGGCGAAUACUACCCCGAGCUGCUGGGCUGCGCCAUCAUGCAGGACAUGCCGUGGUACAUCCGCGCGUUCGUGGCUGUCUUUUGGCCGUUUGUGGACCCGCACACAAAGUCCAAAGUCAAGUUCCACACGGGCGCGCAGGCCGUGGCUGCGGGCGAGAUUGCGGGCGACGUGCUACUCCGCGAGACGGGCGGCGAGCUGGACCUGCCAUACGACUUUGACACGUUCUGGCCCGCAUUCAUGGAGCGAUGCCGUGCGUGUCGUGCCGAGCACGAACGACGGUGGCGGGCCUUAGGCGAACCCCAGGUCGGGCGCGAGGAGCGGCUGUGGAAGCUUCCGCCGGGGAAGGAGGCCGUCGUUGAUGGGAUGGUGGCCAUCACCGAGCCCACCACCACGCCCGACAUUACCGCAUAG